AUGGAGCAUCACGGCCACUUUCUCUCUUCUUCAUGUUUCUGUUCAUGGGAAUCAUCCCUUCCGCCGCAGCAACAGGCGAUUCCAGCACUCGUUGCAAAGAGAACGAGAGGGCAGCUCUUCUCAAGCUCAAGCAAGGCCUGUUCGAUUCCAGCGGCCAGCUAUCUUCCUGGGCGAGUGACGACUGCUGCAGAUGGCGAGGCGUUCGCUGCAGAAACCGCACCGGCCAUGUCGUCCAACUCCGACUGCGCAACCCCUCACCCUCACCUGACGGCGACGACAACUUCUUGUCCGGCAAGAUCAGUCCUUCUCUGCUCGAGCUUGAGGCACUUGAGCUACCUGGACUUGAGCAGAAACAGAUUCGAUGGAGCAAGCAUCCCACGCUUCAUCGGCUCGCUGACGAGCUUGCGGUACCUGAACCUCUCCGAUGCAACGUUCGGCCGCACGAUUCCUCAUCAGCUCGGCAACCUUUCCCGCCUGCAGUACCCUGAUUUCCACUGGCUCUACAACCCUCCUCGUCCUCUCGUCGUCGAUAACUUCCACUGGAUCUCUCGUCGCUCCUCCUUGAGCUACCUCGACACGUCCGCCAUUAACCUUUCGGCAGCAGGCGAUGUAUACGACGAGGUAACCAAGCUUCCGAGGUUGUCAGUGCUGCGCCUUAUCAAUUGCCAGCUACUUCGCCUCCCUAAUACUCUUCCUCCAUCUGCUAACCUCACAUCAUUAACAUCCCUGGAUCUUAGCUCAAAUUAUUUGGGUCCUCUACUCCUCAGUUGGCUGUUCAACAUCAGCAAAUCUCAAGAGUAUCGAUCUCUCCUUCAACCAGUUCCAUGGCCCGAUCUCUGGCUUUGGGAAGUUGUUUUCCCUGAUGGGGAUAUAAACAUGAAUAACCUUUCUCAAAUUAUUUGGGUCCUCUACUCCCUAGUUGGCUGUUCAACAUCAGCAAAUCUCAAGAGUAUCGAUCUCUCCUUCAACCAGUUCCAUGGCCCGAUCUCUGGCUUUGGGAAGUUGUUUUCCCUUCAGGUCUUGCAACUCGGUGGAAAUGAUUUCAAUGAUACCGCAUCUUGGAACAUUAAAAUCCUCUGCAACUUGCAGAUUCUAGACCUGUUAUAUAAUGGGAUCAGUGUAGACAUCUCGAAUUUUGGCAAGCAGUUGUCUGGAUGUGUCAGAAACAGGUUGCAGGUAUUAAAUCUGGCAAACAAUGCUUUGGGUGGUGGAGCUCCUGUAUGGAUUGGGGAGCUCAGGAAUCUGAAGUCUCUGCAUCUUGAGGACAACUUGCUCUCCGGUCUCAUUCCUCCAUCUCUUGGAACCCUCUCGUCACUGAGCUUCCUCUACCUAAGCGACAACAUGUUACGGGGGUCAAUUUCUGAAUCUUUCGGGCAGCUCUCGGAGCUAAUCGUGUGGGUUGUCAGCUACAAUCAACUCUCUGGUAUCGUCUCCGACGUCCACUUUAGCAGCAUAACAAGGUUUGAAGCUCUGCUCCUAUCUUGA